AUGCCGGGGUCCCGGGUCGUGCCAGGGGGGCACGCGACCUACUUCCCCUUCUUCUCGGACUUCAGGGGCCACAACGUGACGGCCCUGCGUGUCGGUGAGUCGUCCGCCCUGGCCUCCAUUUUCCUGCUGGCCUUGGUGGGAAACAUCUGGGGCAUCUGCCUGCUGGUGCGGCGGCAGCACCGGCUGCGCGCCGCCAACUGCCUUGAGGUUCAGAUUUGCACCUUGGUUUGGCCCAGCUUUGCAGGAGAAAUAGUUUGGGAUGUGACCUUUGCCAUUGUUUUCUUUCUAAUACCAGGAUUAGUCAUUGUCAUCAGUUAUUCCAAAAUCUUACAGAUUACAAAAGCAUCAAGAAGGAGUUUAAAUGCUGGUUUAGCCUACUCAGAAAGUCAUCAGAUUCGUGUUUCCCAGCAAGACUACAAACUAUUUCGAGCCCUCUUUUUGUUGAUGAUCUCUUUCUUUAUCAUGUGGAGCCCAAUUAUAAUAAUUAUUUUUUUAAUUUUAGUCCAGAAAGACAAACAAGAUUUAAAUAUUUUGCCAUCAGUUUUCUUCUGGAUAGUGUUAUUCACUUUUGCCAACUCAGCUGUCAAUCCAAUUUUGUAUAAUGUUGCCCAUUUCAGACGUAAAUGUCAGGAAAUUCUUCUCUGUUGUACAGGGAACCCUGUAAGGCAUGGGGCUGGUACAGAAACCACUGUAAGAAGAAGUAACCAUGAACAACCAAAUUUGUCUUUCAUUACCAGAUAA